AUGGAGUCUGUCCACAGCACCGCCGCUCCCCGCGCCUUCCUGCCGUCGAUUUCCAAGCCCAAGCCCAGGGUUCCCCACACGAAAUCCUUCCCCGUCGGCUGCGCGCACGACUUUCCGAGAUUUUCUCUGAGCCGCGUUCUAUCGGGAAACAAACGCGCGGUGGCGGCGAACGUGGCGGGGAAGGAGUUAGACGUGAUAUCGGUGCAGAGUGACGAUAUUACCGACCAGCAGGAGGGCGUGGUGGUGAGUCGCAUCGAGAUUGAUGGUGCAGACGGCGAAUUGGUGACUCAGGUGAGCGGAUUUGGAGCGAGCGACGGUUUUUUGUCGUUGGAAGGAUUUUCAUCUUCCUCUUCGCCGUCUUCUUCGGCGUUGGCUGGGAGUGAGGGCGAGGAAGACGUGGAGAAGCUGAUUGAUAGAACUAUCAACGCUACGAUUGUGCUCGCCGCUGGUGCUUUCGCCAUCACCAAACUUCUCACCAUUGAUAGUGAUUACUGGCAUGGAUGGACGUUAUAUGAGAUAGUAAGAUAUGCGCCUCAGCACAACUGGUCUGCUUAUGAGGAAGCUCUCAAGACAAAUCCUGUUCUUGCCAAGAUGAUGAUUAGUGGGAUUGUUUACUCUGUAGGGGACUGGAUUGCACAGUGCUUUGAAGGAAAACCUCUUUUUGAGUUUGACCGGGCACGGAUGUUCAGAUCGGGAUUUGUUGGUUUUACUCUUCAUGGUUCUCUUUCUCAUUACUAUUACCAUUUCUGUGAGGAUCUAUUUCCUUACAAAGAAUGGUGGGUGGUUCCUGCUAAAGUUGCCUUCGAUCAAACUGCUUGGUCAGCAAUUUGGAACAGCAUAUAUUACACAGUUGUUGCAUUGCUACGUCUUGAUCCUCCUAUCAGUAUUUUAAAUGAAUUGAAGGCUACAUUUUUUCCCAUGUUGACGGCAGGUUGGAAGCUGUGGCCAUUUGCACAUCUCAUAACUUAUGGUGUGAUACCAGUUGAACAAAGGCUUCUUUGGGUGGAUACCGUAGAGCUUGUUUGGGUGACCAUACUUUCCACAUUUUCAAAUGAAAAAUCAGAAGCAAAAAGUUCUGAGUCUACGGUGCCUACGGAAGUGAAAUCAUCUACAUCUAUUCGGCCUCCUGAGGUACAUGAUUAA